AUGGCGGAAAAGGGCAAGCUUAUCAUCGGCUUCGAGACUAACUGCGUCCCUGAUCUCAACGCACUCCUGGAUGACGCCCGCAAGGAUCACUUCGACUUCGUGGCUAUCCCACUGGUCCACCCGCGCUUCAAGCGGGACGCCCUGGGCGUAAGCAGCAGGAGGGAGGACCCCCUCACGCGCAGCGACUUCUUGCUUGACAGCCGCCAAUGGAGCUCUCUGAUCGUCGGGAAGAUAUCUGAGUGGCUCGACAUGGACUCUCCGUGCGAGGAAUCCGCCUGGGCCAGCGAGCUUGCUUUUAAGCAGGAGAUGGCAUGGGCGACCCACCUCGCGCUGGCGGCGGUCAUCGCCCCCGCGCCCAAGCCGGGCAGGUGCUCCAACUACGCCAGGUGCAUCAACCAGGUCGCCCAAGAGCUCACCUACCUUGCCGUGUGGCUGAGGAUCCCUCUCGUGCACCCCGAGUCAUUGGAUCCUGAGCUCAAUGGUACAAAGGGAUCGGCUAUCAACGGCAAGGGUGGGAGCGGUGGCGAGGGAGAGGGGGGUGAUGUUGGGAAGGUGUCGACUGGGGGGGGGACGGGGGCGGUGGAAGACCCGUGGGAGACGUGGAACGCCAUCCGGGUUAUGUGCGAGCACAAGAGCUGCUUGUCGGUGGUGCUGGAGAUGACUGCAGACUUGCCCGCACAGAGCAUCCUCGAUAGGUGGGUGGGGGAACCGGUGAAGGCGGUCAUCGUGUCGACAAAGGUGUUCCUGACCAACAAGAAGGGCUUCCCCACGCUCUCCAGGCGACACCAGGACUUCGCCACGGCCAUGAUAAAGCAAAAGGUGCAGUUCGUGGUCAAGGGGCGCUCCCACCACGCCAGCGGCUACCUCCCGUACCUGCAGUACCUGGAGCACCUCCGCACUAGAUUGCCGGCCCCCAAAGAGCACGAGAACUUCGAGGCUCCCUAUCUCGACUACCUGCAGGCCCCCCUGCAGCCCCUGAUGGACAACCUCGAGUCUCAGACGUACGAGGCUUUCGAGAAGGACCCGGUCAAGUACAAGCAGUACGAGAGGGCCAUCGUCAAGGCGCUAGAGCUGGAGAAAAAGAAGGAAGGGAUUGACACCACGGUGCUCAUGGUGGUCGGGGCGGGAAGAGGGCCGCUGGUGCAGGCGGCGCUGAACGCGGGGGCGACGGCCGGCCGGCCGCUCAAGGUCUACGCCGUGGAGAAGAACGCCAACGCUGUCAUCACUCUCCGCAACCGCGCCAUCAUGGACAAGUGGACCAACGUUACCAUUGUCGCGAAGGACAUGCGCGAGUUUGCGCCAGAGGAAAAGGCAGACAUCUUGGUGUCCGAACUCUUGGGGUCCUGGGGUGACAACGAGCUCUCCCCUGAGUGUCUGGACGGGGCCCAGAGGUUCCUCAAGGACGGCGGCGUCUCCAUCCCGCAGGAGUACACGUCCUACGUGGCGCCCAUGUCGAGCCACAAGCUGUGGCGCGAGGUGUCGAACUUCGAGGAGCUCAAGCGGCUGGAGACGGCGUACGUGGUGAAGCUCCACAACUUCGUGCAGCUGGCGGAGGAGAAGGCCUGCUUCACGUUCCACCACCCCAGUGAGGAGGUGGGCGGAGAAGUCCACAACAAGCGGCACGUGGAGGUGGACUUCGACGUGGAACAGGCGUCGACACUGCACGGGUUUGCCGGUUUCUUCGACUCGAGGCUAUUCGCAGACAUCCACAUCAGCAUCGUGCCCAGCACUUUCUCGGAGGGCAUGUUCAGCUGGUUCCCGCUGUACAUUCCUCUCCGCACGCCCGUCGUGCUCAAGCCGGGGGACAAAGUAUCGGCGCACUUCUGGCGGUGUACAUCCUCCAACAAGGUCGUGGUACGAGUGGGCCCUCACCUCCCCCGCCCCCUCACCAAUACACAAUCCCAACGGUCGAUCUUACUGGAUAGGCCUUUAGCUUGUGGAACGCGUCGCACGUCACGCGUGCGUCUAGCUAGUUGGUGUGGCUGCCGCCAGUGUCAACGGUAUGUGGCGUCGGAGCUGUUUCGCUUUUGUUUGAAACAGAGAUGUUGCGAUUUUUUGGGAAGUCAAGCAGUCAGUCGACGCCCUUGCUUGGGUAUGCGACCGGCUGUUUUGCCCCCGUUUUGCGGGGAAGCACUGGAUGGGGUGUGUGUGUGCACAACACGGCACCCCCAUAGUAUUUGGGGGACAAACAGUUCUUGUUGUCAGGUGUGUAGGCAUUGAAGAAGGGUUUUUUAAAGGUCCCCCUCCUGGGGGUCC